CCUUGUUACAUGUUGCUGUUUGCCAGGGAGCUCAUUGGAGAACAGCAUUGUGCGGUGGUGCUGCAUUAGUGCAGCUGAACAAAGCAAGUGCGAAGAAUGGGCCCUCAACACAAAAUCCAACCCAUUAGUCUGCAUCAGAGCGACAUCCAUGAGUGACUGCAUAGAAAUGAUAAAGAAGGAUGAGGUGGAUGCAGCCUCCCUUGAUGCGUCGCAUGCUUACAUCGCUGGGAACUGCGGCCUUGUUCCCGUGGUGACGGAAUAUUAUGGGGAGAAAUGCCCAGAGGCCAGUGGGAAAGAUGGAGAGACUCACUUUGAGGCUGAAGUCCUGCCUCCAGUCUAUGCCCUGGCUGUGGUAAAGAAGGCUUCCCGAGGCGAGACCAUCUUUAAUCUGGCGGGAAGGCGAAGCUGCCAUGGUCACUUGUACAGCCCAGCAGGCUGGCUUCUCCUCACAAAAUACACCAUCCAGCCUGACCGAAACAGCACUGACAUCUGCGACAUCAAUAAGGCAUUUACAAACUAUUUCCGCAAAGGCUGCAUGCCCGGAAUGAAUUUUAAAGGGAAGCUUUGUAAAGUCUGCAUUGGAAGAGAGCAAGCUGGGAUGAAAUUAUUUAAUCAAAGGUGUGCAGCUAACCAUGAUGAACUUUACUAUGGCAAUUUGGGCGCCUUGCGGUGUUUAGUUGGGAAUCCCAGCGGGAAAAGCUUUGGAGAUGUUGCCUUCCUUGAGCACCAUAACUUAAUGGAAAACAUAGAGA